AUGUCUUCACGCAAAGCAAUUCUCUCGCUCUCUGGAGUGAGGGCUGCAAUUCCUAAACGCAGCACCUCUGUCGUCCCUCGACAAAUUCAAAGAUAUCAAUCCUCUUCUACUUCAGCUCUAGAAUAUAAGGCGCUCCACCGCCGCAUUUCACCCCUUCCUACAUCCGAUGCGCCUCCAGCUUGGUCUGCUCAAGCAGCUGUCUCCAACAUUCUCUACGAAACCCCCGCCCCUUCUGUCACCCCCGCAAAGCGCCAUGUCCUUAACUGUCUCGUACAAAACGAACCUGGUGUGCUCUCUCGCGUCUCUGGAAUUCUCGCAGCUCGUGGCUUCAACAUUGAUUCCUUGGUCGUUUGCUCUACUGAGGUCGAAGAUUUGUCCCGCAUGACAAUUGUUUUGUCCGGUCAAGAUGGCGUUGUUGAGCAAGCUCGUCGUCAAUUGGAAGAUUUGGUUCCAGUCUGGGCUGUCCUCGAUUAUACCACUUCACCGCUCGUGCAAAGAGAAUUACUUCUUGCGAAAAUCAAUCUUCUCGGUCCAGAAUACUUUGAGGAAUUAUUGGCGCAUCACAGAGAAAUUACUGCUAGUGAUCCUGAAGCUUUGGAAGGACAAGAUGACUGGGCUACAAAGAGAUUGGCAGAAUUGAAGGAUAGUGAUGAUUUCCAUCCCAUUAAAUUGGCCCAAAGUCAAGCUUUAAGACACAAGCACGAGCAUUUGAAGUCAAUCACAUAUUUCACACAUCAAUUUGGAGGCAAGGUUUUAGAUAUCAGCACACACAGCUGUAUUGUCGAGGUCUCAGCCAAACCAACCAGAAUCGAUUCAUUCAUGAAGCUCAUUGCUCCAUUCGGAAUCCUCGAGUCUGCACGAACAGGUCUCAUGGCUCUUCCUCGAUCUCCACUAUACGGUCCCAACGAACAAGAUAACUUGGUGAAGGACGCUGAGGAAAUUGUUGAUGCAAGCACUUUACCCCCAGGAUAG